AUGGUGAUCAGUCGUCAUUCAAGAAAAAAUAUGAAGAGCAUUGCAAGAAGACGUAAUAAUAACAAACUGAUCAAAGAAAAUGUUUCUUCUUCAAUUGAAUCUCUUCCCAAUGAGUUACUUACUGAUAUUGUUGCGAGGGUUGCUUCUUUUUCCUUCAACAAUUUCAUCAAUGUCAAACUAAGUUGCAAGGUUCUUAAUGAAAUUUCAAAUGAACGAUACGUGUAUCAAAAGGCAAUACUGGUAGACUUUCCAAUAGAACCUUCAUGGCAAAAGGACAAGGAAGAGAAGAUAAAUAAAGUUACUUCUUUCAUGGAGUUAUGCAGAGAAUGUGGGAAUACAGAAGCCUUAUAUAGAAAAGGCGUGAUGGACUUUUUCAAAAACGAUAGGCCAGAACUUGCAGUGGAAUUGCUGAAGCAAGCAGCAAAAGGAGGCCACAUUGGGGCAUUGUAUGUGAUUGGCAUAAUUGGAAUCUUCUUGGGUGGUGAAUUCAAGCGAAAAGGGGUAAUGUUGAUUGGUAACAUGAAAGAAACAGAGACACUUAGAAAAGUAACAAGGGAAUGUCGAAAGAGUUUAGAAGUGAUCUUGAAAAAUAUUUGGGUGAAGAAUCCUUUAGUUUUGGGAGAAAGACCCACUCGUUGCACUAUUCAACAUCGCAGGAAUGGCUGGCCUCUUGACAGUGACGAUGAACAAGUCGAUUUUCAUUGUCAUACUUGUAGUAGUGAUGAAGAAAUUGCUUAUAUCAUUAGCAUUUUGCCUACAAAUUAG